AAAAUAAGGCGGGGAGAGGCCACGGCCGUUGCGUCGCGUCUCCGGCCGCGGUGGUAAGCUUACCUCUCCUGACCUCUACGCCGCCGGCGGUCGCGCGCCCCCGCCGCCAUGGCCGCCACCGCCGCCCUCCAGCCUCCGGUGUCUUCGCAUCGUCUUACGCUGAGGCGUUUCCCCGGCAGCGGCUCGUUGGUUCAUUAUGGGUUGCCCGUCGCGGCGGCGGCGGCGGCGGCGGGGUCGUUCUGCCUCCGCGUCUCCUUCAACCCCUCCGGGAACUUCGACCUCUCCCUCUCCACCGACCAAGACGAUGCCCCACAAGUUGAACCUCCUCCACCACCUACAGAAGGUCGCUUUGAGAUUGUCAUCAACAACGAUAUCAUCCGGACACUUGACCUAUCACCUGUUCAAGAAGUGCUUGGUGACUCGGAUUCCCUGACACCAGCUCAAGCAAAAAAUCUCUUGGACCGGACGGUUGGGUUUACCAUAAACUACGAGAGGGAGGAUCCGUACGAUGUGCGAGAACUGUCAGAGUUACCGGAUAUACGGCUAUGGUUUGUGAGGCUUGAUGCUUGUUACCCUUGGUUUCCUGUUGUUCUUGAUUGGAGAGCUGGUGAGCUUGCAAGAUAUGCUGCAAUGCUGGCUCCUCACCAGAUGAGCAUGAGGCUUGGUGUUGUGUUCAACCCGGAGGCGCUGGAACUGUUUGUGAUGAAGAAGGUGUUCAUUGUCCAUUCAUGGCUAAAGCAGCAGAACCAUCCUAAGCCUGCACUGAAGACUGCUGAUAUGGCCAGGAUGCUUGGUUUUGGUAUAGGAGAUGAACUAUUUGAUUUGAUUGAGAAGUAUCCUGUUGGCCCUUCAUAGAUCUAUCUACAUAAUCUAGAGAAUUUUGUCAUGGUUAGGGAUCACAUCACACUGAAUCAAAUGGAAACUGUUCGAGUCGCCUGGGCUUUGGUGUAAAUAGUACCACAGAAAUCAAAUUAGCUCAGGAAUACAGUUUGACAUUUUGCUCCUGAUGCAGUGAUGCUACUAGCUAGCAGGUUGUAUACAAAGCUACUGCUCCUGCAACUGUGAGUUUGCACAACAUUUUACUCUAACAUGAAUAUAAUUUUGUCA